AUGGUGAGCCCAGCGAUGCUGAAGGGUAUGAACACGGAGAUUUACGGGGAAGGGCAUCCUUUCGGAGACCCUUCCUGGUACCAGGCCUACAACACGCCCUACUACAACGACUCGCACAAGAAGUUCCGCAAGAUCAUGCGGGAGUACGUGGACGAGCACAUCAUGAGCAACGUGCACGACUGGGACGAGAAGGGCGUGAUCCCCAAGGAGAUGUACCUGGAGGCCGGCAAGCAGGGAACCCUGGGCCUGUGCAUUGGCCGGCCAUGGCCUGAGAAGUAUUUCGGCCCGUCCCCUUGGGGCUUUGAGCCGGACUACUUCCAUGAGCUCAUCAUGUACGACGAGAUGUCCCGCACGGGCUCCGUUGGCUUCCAGUGGGGCAUCGCAGGCGGCACCACCAUCGGACUGCCGCCGGUGUACCACCACGGCAGCGAAGAGUUGAAGCAGCGGGUGAUGCCAGCCUGCGUCAAGGGAGAGAAGGUGUGCUGCCUGGCCAUCACGGAGCCAACCGCAGGUAGCGACGUGGCCAACCUCAAGUGCACAGCCAAGCUGGAGGGUGAUCACUACAUCCUGAACGGCGAGAAGAAGUGGAUUACGAACGGCAUCUUCGCCGACUACUUCACCGUGGCAUGCCGCACGGGCAAGCCAGGGGUGGGCGGCAUCAGCUUGUUGCUGGUGGAGAAGGGCAUGCCGGGACUGGAGACCCGCAAGAUGAAGUGCUCAGGUGCGUGGUCGUCCGGCACCACGUACAUCACCUUUGACGACGUGAAGGUGCCCAAGGGCAACCUGUUGGGCAAGGAGGGCAAGGGAUUCCAGUACAUGAUGCAGAACUUCAACCACGAGCGCUUCGCUUUCUGCGCUAUGAGCACGCGUUUCGCGCGGGUGUGCUUGGAGGAGUCGCUGAAGUUUGCCGGCAAGCGCAAGACGUUUGGGAAGACGCUCAUUCAGCACCCCGUGAUUCGCUUCAAGGUGGCUGAGAUGGCGCGCCAAGUGGAGGCCACUCACAACUGGCUGGAGUGGAUCACCUACCAGCUGAACACCAUGCCCAAGCUCGAGGCCAUGCUGAAGCUGGGUGGGCACACGGCCCUGUGCAAGGUCCAGUGCACCAAGGUCAUGGAGUACUGCGCCCGCGAGGCCGCUCAGAUCUUCGGCGGGCUGUCCUACUCCCGUGGCGGCCAGGGCGAGAAGGUGGAACGAUUGAACCGAGAGGUCCGCGCCAUGGCCAUUCCAGGUGGCUCUGAGGAGAUCAUGCUGGACUUGGGCGUGAAGCAGUCCACCAAGUUGGCCCAGAUGGCCAAGAUGUUUGCUGAGGCGGCGCCCCAGCCACAGGCCUACAACACGCCCUACUACAACGACUCGCACAAGAAGUUCCGCAAGAUCAUGCGGGAGUACGUGGACGAGCACAUCAUGAGCAACGUGCACGACUGGGACGAAAAGGGCGUGAUCCCCAAGGAGAUGUACCUGGAGGCCGGCAAGCAGGGAACCCUGGGCCUGUGCAUUGGCCGGCCCUGGCCUGAGAAGUAUUUCGGCCCGUCCCCUUGGGGCUUUGAGCCGGACUACUUCCAUGAGCUCAUCAUGUACGACGCGGCACCCCUCGGACUGCCGCCGGUGUACCACCACGGCAGCGAAGAGUUGAAGCAGCGGGUGAUGCCAGCCUGCGUCAAGGGAGAGAAGGUGUGCUGCCUGGCCAUCACGGAGCCAACCGCAGGUAGCGACGUGGCCAACCUCAAGUGCACAGCCAAGCUGGAGGGUGAUCACUACAUCCUGAACGGCGAGAAGAAGUGGAUUACGAACGGCAUCUUCGCCGACUACUUCACCGUGGCAUGCCGCACGGGCAAGCCAGGGGUGGGCGGCAUCAGCUUGUUGCUGGUGGAGAAGGGCAUGCCAGGACUGGAGACCCGCAAGAUGAAGUGCUCAGGUGCGUGGUCGUCCGGCACCACGUACAUCACCUUUGACGACGUGAAGGUGCCCAAGGGCAACCUGUUGGGCAAGGAGGGCAAGGGAUUCCAGUACAUGAUGCAGAACUUCAACCACGAGCGCUUCGCUUUCUGCGCGUGCGGGUGCGCUACUCACAACUGGCUGGAGUGGAUCACCUACCAGCUGAACACCAUGCCCAAGCUCGAGGCCAUGCUGAAGCUGGGUGGGCACACGGCCCUGUGCAAGGUCCAGGGAAAGGGCGAUUGGUGGCUCCGUGUGGAGCUGUGCUGCGUGCUGGGGGUUGGGGUGCGGAGCGUGGAGGUCAUGGAGUACUGCGCCCGCGAGGCCGCUCAGAUCUUCGGCGGGCUGUCCUACUCCCGUGGCGGCCAGGGCGAGAAGGUGGAACGAUUGAACCGAGAGGUCCGCGCCAUGGCCAUUCCAGGCUCUGAGGAGAUCAUGCUGGACUUGGGCGUGAAGCAGUCCACCAAGUUGGCCCAGAUGGCCAAGAUGUUUGCUGAGGCGGCGCCCCAGCCACAGGCAGCCAAGCUGUAA